AUGGGGGAGCUGGAUUGUCCACUUGACGUGGAAAUAGCAUAUGACAAGACCGUGAGGGUCGCGAGAGUUCAUAGAGGAUGUACACUGCGGUUAUUUGAUGAGCAGUUCCCAGUAGAUUUGGUUCUUAUUCCCCUGCGAGGGAACAAGGAGGAUUUGCCUGGGAUACCUCCUGAGAGACAGGUUGAGUUCCGGAUCGACCUGGUCCCAGGUGCGGCUCCGAUAGCCAAGGCACCAUAUCGGUUGCCUCCUCCUGAGAUGCAGGAGGUAUCUACGCAGCUGCAAGAGCUGCUAGACAAGGGUUUUAUCAGGCCGAGCAGUUCACCAUGGGGAGCCCCGAUCCUGUUUGUGAAGAAGAAGGACGGGUCACACGGUAUGUGCAUUGAUUACCGGGAGCUGAAUAAGAUGCGGGUCAGAGAUGAUGAUGUGCAGAAGACCGCUUUUAGGACCCGCUAUGGUCAUUAUGAGUUUGUGGUGAUGCCGUUUGGGCUCACCAAUGCUCCAGCCGCGUUCAUGGAUCUCAUGAACCGCGUGUGCAGACCGAUGCUGGAUCGGUCUGUGAUUGUAUUCAUUGACGAUAUCUUGGUUUAUUCCAAGACUGAGGAGCAGCAUGAGGAACACCUGAGGGAGGUGCUUGAGAUCUUGAGGAGGGAGAGACUUUUCGCAAAGUUCUCGAAGUGCGAGUUUUGGUUGCGCGAGGUACAGUUUCUGGGGCACCCUGUCAACCAGAAGGGUAUAUUAGUGGAUCCGGCCAAGAUUGAGGCCGUGAUGCAGUGGGAGAUCCCGAGGUCUCCAUCUGAGAUUCAGAGCUUUCUGGGAUUGGCAGGGUACUACAGGAUAUUUAUCCAGGAUUUCUCGAAGAUAGCAGUUCCGCUGACCUGA